CACCGUGUUGAAAGACGAACAUCAGCUUCUAUAAAAACCGGAGUGAAGAAGCUCUUCAUCAGGAUCAAACUCUGAGAUAUGAAGAUGAGACGCGUCGUCGUUUUGCUGGCCGUGUUGUGUGUGUGUGACGGCGUGAAGUUUGGUCAGCUCUGCAGUGGAAACUCUGCCAACACCAGGAGGACAUCAGACAGCUGGGGUCAGGGACACUAUGGAGCCAGACGGGGGACCAGGGAACACAAAGGUCUGGACGUCGUGUGCAGAGACGGGUCGACCGUCUACGCUCCGUUUGAUGUGACUCUCCACGGGGGGGUCAUCGUCUACACCGACCCCAACAAGGCAGCGAUCAACAACGGCAUCAACCUGAGAGGAGAAGGUCUGUGUUUCAAGUUGUUCUACGUUCAGCCGGACCGAACCUCUGGAUCGGUGAGGAAGGGCGAGCGGAUCGGCGUCAUGCUACCGAUGCAGACCGUUUACCGAGGAAUCACCUCUCAUGUCCACGUCCAGAUGUGCGACAAGAGCAACCCGACGCCAUAUUUCUGAUUCACUACUCGGAGCCUUCGGUCACUUUUCUGUACUUUGACACUGAAGCUGGUUUUUAUUGGCUGUUGGUCCGACAGAACUCUGCUGUUAUAAACCAAUGGAAUUUAAA